UGCGUCAUCGAACGACGUCGUUUCAGUUCUGCGUUUCGUCCACACCCCAGUAUUCAGUAUUCGAGGGAAUAUGUUGUGGGAAAAUGAAUUAGGUGAAAGGACGCCAUUUUGGACAACAAACCAACUACCCUCAUUUCCCUUCUCUGGUUAUCUCUCCCUCAGUCUCCAUUUCUCUCCCUGACUCCAUCGUCUCACCCGUUGAUUUUCUCCCCUGACCCAGAUUCCGAUGGCGCCGGCGAAGAUCGCACCCUCUAUGCUCUCCUCCGACUUCGCCAACUUGGCUUCCGAAGCCCAACGUAUGCUCAGUUUUGGCGCCGACUGGCUCCACAUGGACAUCAUGGAUGGGCACUUUGUUCCGAACCUUACUAUUGGUGCCCCAGUCAUUGAGAGUCUGAGAAAGCACACAAAUGCAUAUCUGGAUUGCCACCUGAUGGUCACAAAUCCUCUUGAUUAUGUGGAGCCUCUAGGAAAAGCUGGUGCUUCAGGUUUCACAUUUCAUGUUGAGGUAUCCAAAGAGAAUUGGCAAGAGCUUGUUGAAAGAAUUAGGUCAAAAGGUAUGAGGCCAGGUGUGGCCUUGAAGCCUGGAACACCCAUUGAAGAAGUUUAUCCAUUGGUUGAAGGUGAAAAUCCAGUGGAAAUGGUCCUUGUCAUGACUGUGGAACCUGGAUUUGGUGGACAAAAAUUCAUGCCAGAAAUGAUGGAUAAGGUACGUGCAUUGAGAAAGAAGUACCCUUCACUUGAUAUUGAGGUAGACGGUGGUUUAGGGCCUUCUACCAUUGACAUGGCUGCUUCAGCAGGAGCCAAUUGCAUCGUUGCAGGGAGCUCAGUAUUUGGAGCCCCCAAGCCAGAGCAAGUUAUAUCUCUUCUGAGAAAAAGCGUGGAGGAAGCCCAGUGAAAUUGUUGAUAAGACAACCAAGAUUUCGAAGAAUUGUAAUUGUUGAUAAGACAAGCAAGAUACUGAUAAUAUUUUAUCGCCACAUCCACUUGUUUACACUAUUUAACUCCGUUAAAAUUUUGGAAGUACAAUAAAACCAGAUGAUUUGUUAGUGUCA